AUGCACAUUACAGCAAAGCCUCCUCCUAAAAAAGGCGCUUUUUCGCCUGUCCAUCUACCACAACGGCCAAUUCAAGGAGGUUUAGCCGGUACGCAUGACCCAAAUUAUCAAACCUUAGCUGGUAUCGGUGCUGAUAUAUUUGGUGGUGAUAAGCAAGUAGGCGGUGCUGGUGGUGCAAGCCCAGCAAUGUUACCGAAAGCACCGACACAAGGCGGAAUAGUCGGUACUCACGAUCCGAACUAUCAGACCUUAGCCGGUAUUGCUGGAGAUAUAUUUGGAGCGGAUAAGGCAGGCGAUGGUGGAAACUUGAAGAAACCAACAGAUCAAGGUGGUGUAGCUGGUACAUUCGAUCCAAAUUAUCAAACAUUAGCUGCUAUUGGUGGUGAUAUUUUUGGUGCAGAUAAGAAAGGUGAAGCAUAUACACCUAUUCGUGCUCCUAGUGCACCGCAAGGAAAGGCUGGAACAUUUGAUCCAAAUUAUCAAACAUUAGCUGCUAUAAAUCAAGAUAUCUUCGGUGCUGAUAAAAAAGUUAAUGGAAAAGCAAAUAUUCAAGAACCCGAACAGAAAGAUAAAAAAGCUGCAACAUUUGAUCCGAAUUAUCAAACGUUAGCAGGUAUAAAUCAAGAUAUCUUUGGCGCUGAUAAGAAGAGGUGGUGA